GCCGACCCCCUUUCAGUCUCCCCAGCAGCGCGGCACAGAUGACACCCUCUGAGCAGCCCCUCCUGGAGCCAGGCUGAGCGCCGCCAGGGCGACCUCCAGGGUGACCUCCAGGACACUCCAGGCCCGCGCCAUGCACCCGCCGGGCCGCCCGCUGUGGGCCCUGUGCGCCGCCUGGGCGCUGCUCGCCCUCCCCGCUGCGGCGGCGGACCAGGGCCAGGUGUUCUCCGUGCCGCUGGACGCGACCGGCUCGUGCACGCUCUACUGGCGGCUGGACUACGAGCGCCAGGCCCUGCUCGUCGAGGUGCACGCCACGCUGCCGCCGCGGGCCUGGUUCGCGCUCGGCUUCUCCGACUACGGCGAGCCCGCCCCCGCCGACCACUGCGUGCUCUGGGAGGACUGGCGCGGCCGCGCGCAGCUGCACGACGCCUGGGCCGGCGAGGACGGGCGGCUGCGCGCGGACGCCGUCCAGGACUGCAAGGAGUUCCGACACACGCGCGUCGGCAACGUCACCAAGUUCGCCUUCCGACGCCUCUUCGACACUUGCGACCCGCACGACUACGUCAUCGAGGUAAACGGGGCCGACAAUGACGCCAUCAGUGCUAAUCCUGCUGAUGUCUGGACAAAAUUGUAG